UGAUUUUUUACGACUGGGGCGAGUCAAUACGUCAAAGUUUAAAAAUUAAUUUCUUUUAUUAUUUAAAAACAGUGUUAAAGUGUUAUCUCCCUUCCCCCCUCGGUAUCUUAAAAAGCUAGCGCCUGGUAAAUUAAAUCCGCGUAAUCACCGCUAUGCUUUUAAUAUACUAUUUAACGUUUUUAAUCUUGCCAGUGCUUAGCAAUAAAUCGGAUAAUUUUGGUAACUUGGUACAACCUAUAAAAAGAGACCACAAAACGUUCCUAGACGAUCCCCAAUGCAGGGAUGUUAAAGAAAAAUGUGACAAACUAGAUGAUGAUCUGUCCAUUCUCGAAUGUAUACACAACCUACCACCUAAAGACUUCAAUUUAUUAAAUAAACAGUGUGAACAAUUAGUAUGGGAAGCAACAAACAAACUGAUAAAAGAUGAUAAUGUUGUUGAAAUAUUACUGCCACAAUGCCGCAACGAUAUGGAUCAGCUUAAUUGUAGAAAAGAUGAAGGGAACUAUUUCAAGUGCCUGGCCAGUGCUAAAGAGAACAUUCAAAACUCAAAUUGCCAAGAGUUAGUUCAGCGGCUGGAAAAUGUAGCCUUCACAGAUUAUAAGUUUAUUGCCCAGUUUUUAAAGCAGUGUGAAGAUGAUGUGAAAAAAUUAAGCUGUGGUGCUAUUCACUCGAAUGGUUUGUCUUCACAAGUUGGUACAGUUAUAUGUUUACAAAACAACAUUUUGCAAGUCAGUGAAAAUUGUAAAAGAGAAGUACUGAAGCUGUCUGAACUUCAGUCCGAUAAUAUUAAAUUAGACCAGCAAUUAUUUUCUGACUGUGCUGAGGAUUAUUCCAGGUACUGUUAUAGAUUUCAACCUGGAAGUGGUCAAGUUUUUCAUUGCCUAGCCAGACAACAACCUGAAAAUCUAAGGAAACAAUGCAAAGACAGUUUAUUUAGGAGGCAAAAGCUUAUUUCCACAGAUUAUAAAGUGAGCAAGGGCCUUAUGAGAUCUUGCCGGGAAGACAUCAAAAAAACACACUGCAGAAAACAAACUUCCAGUGAUAAAACUGUGAGGCUGGCUCAAAUUUUGCUUUGCUUGGAAAAUAUUGAUAGAAACGGUAGUGUAAUAUCGUCAGACUGUCAAGCAGAAUUGGUGGAGCACAGGAGGAUGUUGAUGGAGGAUUUUAGGCUUUCACCAGAAAUUGUUGAUAAAUGUAAAAUAGAGACUGCUGUUUUUUGUAAGGGAUUCGAAACUGGAGGAAAAACAAUCCAUUGCCUAAUGAAACAUGCCAGGGAUAAUAUGCAAUCCUUUGGAUUGCCUUGUAAAUCUGCCCUUGGAGACCUAGUAAAAAAGUCUAAUGUAGGUGAAAAUUGGAAAGUGGACCCAGUUCUUCAUGAUGCUUGUCUGUCUGUAGUAGAAACAACUUGUCAAGAUAUACGUAGCGGAGAAGCAAGAGUUAUGAAUUGCCUUAUGGAUAACAUAGAUACUGAUGCAAUGACACCCAAAUGUGAAGAUGCCCUGAUCCAGAUCCAGUAUUUCAUUGCCAGGAAGUUUGAAUUAGAUGAUCAGCUAUUCAAAGCUUGCAAGACGGAUGCAGUGAGGAUCUGUCAAGUCAGUGAUGAGUGGAGUAAUGAAGUUGGGCCCAGCUAUGGCCCAGAAGUCUUACCCUGUCUCUACAGAUACAUGAACAAUCCAGAUAAAGAUAUGCAACUAAACAGAUCAUGUCUUCAAAACAUCAGGCGAGUCAUGAGACAAAGAGCAAUCAGUGUUAAUCUGGAGCCAGCAAUAGAGGAGUCUUGUCUUAGUGACCUGGCAGUAUUUUGCCACGACAAAGUCAAAGAAAAAGAAGAAAUGAGAUGCCUGCAAGACAACUAUCAUGAUUUGACUGAUAAGUGUAAAGAAACCAUUGGAAUGUUUACUGAGAUUCAAGCAGAGCAUGCUGACCUUAAUCCUUAUAUAAAUAAGUAUUGUUCAAAGAUUAUUGAGGUUUUAUGCAAUCAGGAGGCUAAAAAUGACGAAGGGGACGUGAUGGAGUGUCUGAUUACUCAUAAAAAUGAUCCAUUGAUUAAAGGAAAUCAAGCUUGUAGGGCCAGUAUUGAGCAUUUCCAGAUUAUUUCUUUAAAUGAUUAUAAGUUUUCAUAUAAAUUCAAAGUGGCAUGUAGACCGUACGCAGUGCGAUUUUGUGGCAAUGCCCGGACGAAAAACGAAGUUGUGCAAUGCCUAAGUGAGCAAGUGCUUAACGCCACAGUAAACGGCAUCAAAAGCCAAAUACCCCGCGAAUGUAAGCAACAAUUAAAGGCUCAGCUGUUCCAGCAACGUGAAAAUAUCAAUUUCGAUCCCGUUUUGAAAGCCGCUUGCUCCUCGGAUAUUGCCAAGUAUUGCAGUGGUAAAAAGAUUGGAAAUGCUGAGGUCUUGGAAUGUUUACAAUCAGAGGAUAACCAGCUGACCGAAAAAUGUGAAAAAGAAGUUUUCAAAGUGAAAAAACAAGAAAUGUACGAUAACUCUUUGGAUUAUGCGUUGAUCACGUUAUGUGCAGACGUUAUUGAGCAGUUUUGCCCGCACCACAGCAAAGAAAACGUUUUUGAAUGUUUAAAGAAAAACAAAGACGAAAAAGGUUUCAGCAAAAAGUGCCGCCAAGUAGUCGGCCACCGUAUAGUCGAGCAAAACUCCAACUACCAACUGAACCCCACCCUUCAGCAAAACUGCAACGUCGACAUUAACAAAUUCUGCAAAAACGCGUUGACCAACCACGGUAAAGAAACUAACGGGGUCGUAAUAAAAUGCUUAAAAGAGCAAUUUAAAGUGUCGAGGCUCUCGAACAAAUGCGAGAAAGAAGUGGCUUCGAUCUUACGCGACCAGGCACUCAAUGUUAACUUGAACCCACUCAUAAGGGCUAUGUGCAAAUUCGAACUUUCAACCAUAUGUAAAUCUGACGAGAGCGAAGAUUCCGGCGACGUGGAGGAAUGUUUAAAAGACGGGUUGUUGAACAGUCAAAUCCAGACGCCGCAGUGUAAAAUUGAGGUGGCAAAUAUGAUCGAAGAGUCUCAGGCUGAUAUUCAGGUGGAUCCAUUGUUACAACAGGCCUGCGCCUUGGAUUUGUUGCAUUUUUGUAGCGACAUUCCACAAGGCAACGGAAGACAUAUAAAUUGCCUAAGAGUGAUGCUAAGUGCCAACAAAAACCUAUCGCCAAAAUGCAAAAACAUGCUUAAAAAGCGACUUGAAAUGUACAGAAAUGCCGCGCAGUUGCUGCCAGAGUCUCCUCCGGAAGACUUUAAACAACUCUACAAUCAAGUGGUGGCCUCGCCCUCGAAACAGUACUUCUUUCUAAUAUUCAUGAUGUUCCUCGGCACGAUAUUCAUCGUUGGAAUCAUGUGCGGGCGGUUAAAUAAGCGGAAAUACAUGUUACUUAAGUCAAAAUAACCCUUCAUAUCAUCUUGUAAAUAAAAAUAACAUUUAUACGGCGUUGGGCUUUAAAUUUUGUACUUUUUGCCAUUAAGUCUAUGCUUAACUAUUAUUUUGUACGAUGAUAAUGACAUUUGUGAUAUAACUUAAUUGUUUCAUUGUUAGAAUAAGUUAAUCGAUCGGGCAGCAAGAAGGGUUAGUGCAAAAAUGCAGGGCUGGUAAGUCGACUGAAAUUGAGAUAUUUUUUUUUGUUUUUGGAAAGUUUGCUGUGUGUCUAUAUUCAUAAGAUAAUCUAUUACAUUAAUAUUGUACAAAAUAUUUUAUUCAGCUAAUAAAUAAAAUUAUAAUUUUAACUAAA